UCCUUGACCCUCUCCCCGCGCCUCCCGACGGCCUCAGGCCCGGAGCGGGCACGGACCGCCCCUUCCUCCGCGUCGCGGCCGCCGCCGGGAUCCGGGAUCCAGGAUCUCCGCCAUGCCGAAACACGAGUUCUUUGUGGACAUGACCUGCGAAGGCUGCUCCAACGCGGUCACCCGUGUCCUGCACAGGCUGGGAGGUGUCCAGUUUGACAUUGACCUGCCCAACAAGAAGGUGUUCAUCGACUCGGAGCACAACGUUGACACCCUGUUGGAAACCCUGAAGAAGACUGGAAAGAACACUUCCUACCUUGGGGAGAAGUCUGCUCAGUAGCCUUGCCUGGUGUGAGGAGGAACUCAAACAUGGCUUCAGCAAAAAGAUGCCUUAACUGUUUGCAUGUUUCCCAGCUUGCUGUGUCAUUUGACCUGUGCCAGAUGUCAGAAAGCAGAAGGCUGGCAGGAGGAGACAGCUGCAUCUUGGGCUUUAGAAAUCCAGAGGAGGAGGUUAUGUUUUCUUUCUAGUCCCACAGUAAAUCGAGGCGCUGCUUUUAACUUUCA